CCAGGUCCCAGCAGCUCUGUGGGAGAAAAAAAAAACGCUGAGAGAGGAGACGAAUAACGGUACACUUCAACAUUUAUGGAGCCGAACCCCGCAUUUAACCGCACCGCAUCUGCGCCUCCUCUUCCGAUACACACGUGAAUAAAUGCGUUUGAGGACGGACGCGGUGAACGGCGUUUUGGGGCUGACGAAAACAAGCUGUCCACCAUUGUUCGCGGAGAAAUAAGAAUGGCCUGGAUGUGGAAGAGGAAGUCGUUGAUCGCCACCAGUCUGAUCGUGGCACUGUCGCUCUUCGUGGUCGCGGUGAACUACUCGGAGAAGCCUUACUUCCUCCUGCAGCCUGUUUUCGGUCAGACAUUCAGCAGCCACUGGAUAUUCUCCAAGCAGCCGUACAAGGCCUUCAAGCCUCACCUGGGCUACGUCAGCAUCCCCAAACAGGAGCCCCUGAAGCUGCACUGUGAGCUCUGCAGCAUCGUGUCCAGCUCUGGACAGAUGUUGGGGCAGGCUGCCGGCCCGCAGAUCGAUCGCUCUCCCUGCAUCUGGCGGAUGAACAAUGCACCGACUCGGGGAUUUGAGCAUGACGUGGGCCGCCGAACCACGCUGAGGGUCGUCUCUCACACCAGCGUCCCCCUGCUGCUGCAGAAGCCCCAGUAUUUCUUUGGGCAGGGCAACGACACCAUCUACGUGGUGUGGGGACCGCUGCGAAACAUGAGGAAGGACGGUAAGGGCAUCGUGUACAACAUGCUGCGACAGGCUGCAGAGAACUAUCCUCAUGCACGCAUCUACGUCACCACAGAGGACAGGAUGAACUACUGCGACAUGGUCUUCAAGAAGGAGACGGGGAAAGACAGGAUCCAGUCCGGGUCCUACCUCAGCACCGGCUGGUUCACCCUCAUCCUCGCCAUGGACAUGUGCAAAGAGAUCCAUAUCUACGGCAUGAUAAAUGACACCUACUGCAAGACAGAGGGUUACAGAAAGGUCCCUUACCACUACUACGAGGCUGGCAGCAGGGACGAGUGUGCAGAGUAUCUGCUCCAUGAGAGCGCCCCCUACGGUGGACAUCGCUUCAUCACAGAGAAAUCUGUGUUCGCCAAGUGGGCCAAGAAUCACGCCAUUAAGUUCUUCAACCCGCCCUGGCAGCUGUCGUGACCCUGGCUGAACCUGCACAGAAAUACCACAUCAUUGUCAUCAUCAUUAUCAUUUAAAGACCUGCUGAAUCUUUACACUGACAGAAAGCGUGUUCCCUAAUGAGCGCUAAUGUCCAUUUCUGCUCAAACUCCACUCCAUAUCCAUAGAAAAGGUUGUUUGAGGAUUGUUUGUCAGGCCCUGGUUGGUUAGAGAUGGCGCCAGGCAAAAUCCAGGCACGUUGAUUUGACAAUGGCCACUCAGUCAAAUUUCCUUUAAGGUUUGACCAACCCAGACAGCGAAAGCGUAUCUCCUGCUUCUUGAAUAUUAAGUCUUUUUCUCCUGAAUCUGAAAGCUGAAGGAAGUGCACAGCGCCAAGCUCUGCACUGACUAAUCGAUCCAUUCACUGCUCUGUGAGCAAAGGAUGGCUCAAAGACUAACUUUAAAAAAAAAAAAAAAAAGAAGGAGAAAACAACACAAAGAAGAAACAACCAUCCAUCAACUUGCAGUGACCUCAGCAGCUCAGAUGUCCGUAGGCUCUGUACAUCGCAAAGGCUGAAUAAAAAAAUUUUUUCAGGACUGUAGCUCAGCCGCUGCAGAAACAAGUCACGUUGCCACGGACGUCUGACGAGCUCGCCUGCUCCGUUUCCUCUGCGUGACUGUCUUCUGUCAGGCUGUAAUUAAUCUAUAACAAGUAUAAUUCAGGCCUUCAUCUCUGACUGAGGGAGUAUUGAAGGCAGAUGCUCUGUCAGUUUCAAUUUUCUCUGCUCCGUAUAAAGACACUUCAACAAGCAAGGUCAUUUGGAAAAGAAAACACAAGCAAGCAAAAAAAAAAAAAAAAAAAAAACAGAUUUCAGUCAUACUCAAAGAUAAACCAGAAGUGUAGAUGUAAAUCUGCUUUUUUUUAUUAUUAUGCUUGGUUGGUAUGCUGUGUGUUGACUCACACAACUUAAAGAUGUCAGCUUUUUUUUUUUCUUUAUAAUGCUGUGAAAUUGAAGUUUAAGAGAACUGGUUUGGCGUUGGCUUGAUGUCGGGACGGUUUGUUUGUUUGUUUGUUUGUUUAUUUAUUCUGCAGAGGUAAGUUCCUAAAGCUCUUUAACAGUGUACCACAGUAUGAGCAUCACAGCAUAUAGAGCGACGUGCAAUUAGAAACCCCAUCCUUACGGAAGGAGUUAAGUCAUUUGUGAGCCCGCUGUGGGAGAGAUUUAUGUGUGCAGUGAAACCAUUGGAAGUUAAUUGUAUUCUAUUAUCAUUUUGUGCCUGCAAUAUACUCUGCAGUUCAUUGUACAGAGACAAGGGACGAUGCUCGCUGUCUCCCUCUCUCUCGCUCAUCUUCUCGUCCAGCUUUGUGCCUCUUUGUGUACAGUAUCACUGUGUGAACACAUUUGUCUUUGGACGCGGCGUGCGUGUCUCCUGGUUCGGGCCAUUACAUUUGAAUGCGUCUGUUCCAGGACAGUGAAGAAUAAUCAAUGAAGUGCUGAGGUGUGUAGGUUUGGCCGGUAGCUGUGGAGCGCUGAGACACUCUGGCUGUGUCUGUGACCCCCCCCCCCCCAGAGGCUGUGAUUAGUGUCCCGGUCAGAGUCACGGCCCAGACGGGAGGACUGGAAGGAUUCAAAGACUUCUAAUUUAGACGACUUGAUGCACAGGGUCCCUGACGACUGUAAUAUACUGCAGCUGAGCUUCACAGUCUCACUCCUGCUGCAGUGCACUGUUUACUAUCACACACUCCAUUUUCAGGCCAUUUCUCUAUAAACAUUGAUUCGGUGAUUUACAGGACAAAAGAUAUGUAGACCUUUGGUUUGAACUGAGGCAAAAUUUAAACAUUAAAGUUUUGACCUUGGAAACAACAGUCUGGACUAAAUUUGCCGUUUUCACAUAUAAGCUCUGUUUGCGCAGCACUUCACUGUCUACAUUUCAAGGUGAAGCGGGCCCAACCUAUACAGAGAAAUGUAUUCUUUAAAAUGGUUUUGAAGAAGUGGUUAUUUGUAACCGAGAUGUCUAGAAAACAAGCCUUUCUCCGAUGCAGGAACUUUUCCAAGAACCUUUUUAGAAACUUAGAAACUUUUGACCAAACUAUUUCGACCAGAGGAAUGAGGCUCUCAAAUUAGUUCCUGGACCUAAAAAAAACAGUCCCACAGGAGAGACUAGUACUUUCUGAUGGCCAAGAAACAAUCAGGGAGGGCUCAACGUUGCUGAUUGGUUAAACAGCUACAAGUUGUGUACAACAUUAACUAACACAGUGAGAAACUUCUGGUUAGCAGUAAAACCAGUAUUAGCACAAGCAGUGGAAAUUUCUUCUGAUGUUUAUUGAUGUUAAUAACAAAAUUGUGUUGUCAGUUUUGAUUAGUCUACAAACAAGCAAUGAAAUAACCAUGAAACACAAAAUGAUCUCUAACUUCUGAUGAAUACCAUUAAGUGUGGUUGAAAGUCCCCGGACACCCGGGUUUCCAGGGUCCCUUUCCACUUCACGUCUUCUUGGCGUCAUCCUUUCAAACCUCAGUUGCAAAACAGUAAAUUCUAAAGAAUUACAUGACUUUUCUCAUUUGCCUCAAACAAAGCUGUUGUUUUUUAAUCCAUUUCCCACUUUACCUGCUUAUAUCUCAUGUGGUAGAAAAACAAACAUGGACACGCAGUGUAGUUUUUCAUUUACUUCCUGAGUGUAGUUAUUUUGGUUGUUUAGUUCCUUAAACUAUUUGGAUGGAAAGGAAUUAACUUUUAUUAGCUUUUAAAAGCAAAUUUAGUUCUAACUGCUGUGUUUAACAUCUCUUGACGAAGGGACAAAGCUGUUAUGUAAAAGAGUUUGGACUGUUCUGUCAAAUUUAGCCCAGCUUUAACAUCUCAAUGUAUUUUGACCUGCAAAUCACCAAAGUCAUGCUUUCAGGGAUUUUGUCUGUUAGAUGAAUGUUUUGAAGCACGUUUGGCUGCUUUCGCAUCAGGAACAGAAAACUCUGAUCUCUCCCCGUUUUCCAGGCGGAGCAACAUAAGUCUGUGCUUACAGAGUCUGUCCUACAACUCAGAACUCAAUACUCGUCCUGUCCUGUUGUCACCUUGUCCCUCUUUGUAAGUCGACCUGGCUGACAAGAGCAUCAGCAAAAUGUAAAAAUGCACUAUUUUAAAUUCCUCCCGGUGUUGCUGAGCAGAUAGGGGAUGGCCGUAACACAGCCUGGGUCACGGGUCUGAUUUCCUCCGGGGCGACACAAGUUCGAGAGGUAUUCAGGCCCAGCCCUGUGAGCAGCUGCGGAUCCGAGUAUCCACCACAUGAUGUAUGUAAAGCAGAAACAUCUUACAGGAUUAUUUUUCCUGUUCAGAAAGCCUGAAGAUAAGAUCUGGGACUCAGGAAGAGUUUGAAAUUCCAUUUCUUUCUGUUCCUGUGGGAAGACAAUCGUAGAUACUGAAGCAUGAAUUCAUACGAUAUGACAUGCAUGUUACAUGAUUAACGUACAUAUUUUAUACAUUUCCACUCAGCCUGUGAUUGUGCAGAUUGUGCACUCUACUGUACAGUAGAUCCACCAUAAAUUGUAAAACAGUUCACAGCAGGAUGAGAAAUUAACUUUUGCUGGGAGGCAUGUUUUGCCACCAUGAUCAGAUUUUUAGGUGUGUUUUUGUGCAUCAUUUAUAGAUUUGUCUUAAAAUGUUUACUCACAACAGGAAGAAGAGCACUAUGUUCAUUCUCUUCACUCUCCUCCAUCCUCCUUUUGUGGAUUUUUUUUUUUUUUU